CUCCAACCGACGAUCAUUUCCGACAGCUCCGUAUGGAUUGGACGUCGGCACACAUCGGUAGUUGAUGCUUCUCAAAAGAUCGAUUACCCGGGAUUUCGAGGAUGGGGGAUCCGUGUGACCUUAAACACUUCGUAAAGUGUGGCGUCACUUUGGAGGGCUCAUUUCUCUGAUUUGGAUUAUUCUUGACCAGCAGCCUCUUCAGGCCUACUAAUCCUAGACGAGUUUCUCAAUGGACACUCUGCUCAAAUCAGAGAUCAGAGAUGAGGGGAGUGGUGCCUCGGUGACGGUGGAGGGCCUAUCCAAGGCAGCUCUGAUCAAAAGCCUGUCUCCCAGAGUCAUGCUAUCUAACCAUCUCUUGCCUAAAGGGACCAAGAUGAAGGUCGAUUUGGAAGAUCGGGAUCGUCAGAAAGUGUCCUUUAGCUUCGCACCGACCAAGAAGCCCCUGCAGAGCCCAUUCUUUAUCCCCGACAAGUCUACCAUUGACCCUAACGCUGCCUCGUCACAGUCAACCUCAGACAGAGAAGAGCCGAAUACAGACAUCAAAACGGAGCAAAACCAGACACCAAUGGCGCCAAUAAUAGCAGAGACGCCUUCUCAAACACCAGUCUGCUCAGACACCUCACUGAAAACAGACUUGGCUAAAAUGCAUUUUAAGAAGCAAAUCCUCAGUGUCUCUAUGACUGAGGAGAAACCGACAUUGGUUGUGCAAGAAGAACCUCUCCCUCUUCCAUUAGAGAUUCAGCAGAAACCAACAAGUCUGACUGAAUUCCCAGUACCCCAACCUCAGAAUAUCGUCAGUGUCUGCCCCUCUGAAAAAUAUCCCAUCGAAGCCCCUGAGGCGAGGGUAACUCCAGGCCUCAAUAAGCCACCUGUUUCCUCAGGAAAGGAUGGAGAGAGUUCCAGCAGUGCUGAGCAGGAUAGCAAGGUAGAUAAUAGGAAAACCAGGUCCCGAUCUGGCUCAGAAUCUGAUGGAGAACUAAUGUCUUCUAGUCGUAAAUCAAUUGAAUCUAAAAGCAAAAUAAACUCUGACUGCAGAAGCAAAGAAGUGAAAAAGUCUUCCUCUGGAUCACAUUUGGAGGGAAAGGAAAAAGGUUCCUCUAAGCGGUCGGAGAAUCAUGAAAGGUCCUCUAGUUACUCCAAAUCAGACCGUGAUUCCAGACACGCAUCCUCACGUUCUUCUCGGUCGGACAAGGAUCGCAGACGGUCCAGGUCUAGAUCACGUUCUAGAUCAAGAGGCUCACGAACGAGUUCAUCUCACUCCAGAUCAGAGAGAUCACGAUGCGACAGAAGAUCCCGCUCCGAAAGGUCGUACUAUCACGAUUCUGAUAGAAGAUCUCAUCGGAGUUCCCCACGCAGAGAGCGAAGGCGCUCUCGCUCUCGCACAGACAGAGCUCGAGACAGCUCUGACUCCGAGGAUGACCAAAGGAAGACAAGGACCAGGACAAGCAAUUCCAGUAGAUUGUCCACCAAUUCAAGCUCACAUAAAGAGUCGAAAUCAUCUUCCUACUCAAAAUCGGAGAAAUUAUCUAAAUCGGUGGAUUCUCCUCACUCUUCGGAGUUGGAUAAAAGAACACAACAGUCAAAGCCAGAAAGGACUUCGAAGCGACUUUCGGAUUCUGAUUCACAGCGCAAGUGCUCUCCUGAUCUGGACCCCAGUUACCGUAAAUCUAGCACCCGUUACAAGGCAGAGACCAGCAGCAAAUCCUCUUCUUCCAGCGCGCAUACCCACUCUCAAACACACGAGAAACGGCAAAAAAACAGCCCCAGUGAUACCGAGGCAGAUCACAAGGGGAAAUUCCAGGUCUCUGACAAAGGCUGUGGGUCGGAGGAGAACUGUAAAAACUCACUGAAGAAAACCGGCGAGCCAGACUCCGAGGAGACGAUCUCUUCUAGAUUGCAGAAAACUGACGCGAUACAUGAUAGACAAUCAAAUGACACAUUUCACUGCCCUGCUGAAGCACCGCCAUGUACAAACGCCACAGAAUCGGGUUCUAUGUGUGAAAAGGCUAAAUCUGUGUCCCAACAAGUUGAACCUGAGCAUUGUAAUAAGGAUUUUAAGGAGAUUGUCUCAUGCACUGAUAGGAGUUUGCGAGAGUUGUCACCCGUGAGAUCAAAAGAAACUAAAUCGGAUCACGAAUUUGAGACCUCCGCUUUACCUUUAAGUGAAAGCCUAAAGCAUGCAAAUGAAGCCCUGGAAAACGUGACCAAUGUGAAGUAUGGCCUCUCUUCUAAUAUUCAACCAGAUGUGAACUCAAAUGCAGCUGUCAUAAAUCAUUGCAUUAAUAAUUAUAGUAGUAUAACAUUCACCCAGGACAAGAAGGUUGACUCUUUGCUCAGGCCCAAAUAUUUAAUUGACACAGCUGAAAUACCUGUCACCCUCGAUGUUCAGCAGACCACGAGCCCCGAGAUCGUUAAAGUCGACAAGCCGCCCGGGACUAGUUUACCACCCGUAUUUGAUUCACCGUGCAUUGAAUCUGAGGGUGAGUUGACACUUGAACAGCAAAAUUUGAUUACUGUUAAGAAUAACAGCAGAACCACCAAAAAGUCCCGAUGGGAUAUCGUCGGGCAGGACACCCCAGAGAGUGAUAAUUCACUAAGGACCCUUUGUGCAGAGAGUAAGCCUAGUGCGACAAAAGUCAUCUCUGUCAAGAAAAUAGAGUUUUCUAAAGACAAUAUCCAUAAUGACGUUAUGGAUUCUAUUCAGCCAGAAGAUGAAACACGUUCCAUCUUGGUUGAGCAGGAAGUUGGCUCAGACAGCAAAUCCAUGACCGAUAAACACAAAGACCAAAGUCAGCCUUCACAAGCGAGCACCAGCAUCGACCACUGUGACUUAAAACCGGGUGUUUCUCAAAAAUCAAACACAGGUGAGCCUCUCCACCUCAACGAAAAAUCACAGGCCGGCAACGCCAUGAAGACGCAGAGUUGGAACGGUGACCAUCACGAAGACCGGUCCAAGGACGGCUCCCAAAACAAAUUGGGUAAGCGAGCGUUACUUAAUCAGCAUGCGUUGGGAGAGCAGAGUGAGGUCAGUGACAGUGACAACUCUGAGUACGACUCUGAUUGCGGCGAGGCUAUAAAACGAUUGCACUCGGUGGUGGUGGUGCCAAAGAAUUCUUCCCUAACAAUGGAUUCACACGACAGAGGAGCCUUUUCAUGCGGCCUAAUGAGUAGUUCGGCACAGCGGGACGUGAAUACCAAUGAAAUCCCAAACCAAGGAACACAACCAAUGCAGGAGAGUGCUUCUGCAUUCGCAGGGAAUAGUGCUCUGAAUGCCGGUGUAGACGAACUAUCCCCUAGCAGCAUGUUGUGUCAAUCCCAGAGUAAUAUGAUUGAUAGCACCAGUCAUUUAGAGAGUUCCAGGUCCGUCAGUGCGCAGCCUUACGCGGCUGCUCUUAUUGGCGCCCAUAGCAGUGCCACCGAUCCCGCCCACAGCCUCGAUAGCUCUGGGCUGUGCCAGCAAGGGCACCAGCCGCAUAACGUAAGCAGCAGAGGGGAAAGGACGUACUCCCAUUACCAACAUGAGAAUUGCUCAAAUGCUGACAAUAUCGGUGACAGGAAUGGACUCAACCUGGGUUGGGAUUUUUCGCAAUCCGAGCAGCCCAGUAGUACGUACCAGCAGCCUGAUAGCAGCCAUGGGCCUCAGAUGGCAACCACUAAACUGACCGAAAGCUCUCUUAAGGAACAGGAGCACAGGCUGAGUAAUGCCACGUGGAACCACCAACCCUCCAACACACAGACUAGCAGACCACCCUACCUCCAUGUUCAUGGGAAUUAUCAGGAUCCUGCAGGUGAAAUUCAUCCUGACUCUCUAACUAAUGACCACGACGACUACAGUGGGAACAAACCAUCGGACCUCAGUAAAACCGCCGUUGAAGGCAGUCUUCCUCCUGGGUCGUCGAGCUUCGUACAAGGGCACGAAAUCAGCAGCAAUAGCAGGGGCUCCGUCGUACCGGACCCCCCCAGGGAAGAGCAUUUCAGACCGCACCGAGGUCGGGGCCCGCCCAAGAAAAGGCGGCCGGAGAUCGAAUCGGAUUCGGACAACGAGGCGGAAGCUGGGCCGGCGGGCAAAAGGGAGCGGCAGGGAGAUGCCGACACCCCCAAGGCAAUUCACGUCAAAGCCGAGGUGCAGCGUCCAACGCUCAGUCUGCGAGACUUCCGAGAUAGCAGUAGAUGGAAAGACUUUGCCAGGUCUAAGAAGAUGCCGCCUUACUUUGACUUGAUUGAGGAAAACAUGUAUCUGACUGAGAGAAAGAAGAGCAAAUCUCACCGAGAUAUCAAGAGAAUGCAAUGUGAAUGCCCGGUGCUGCCGAGAGAGGAGCGUUCAAGGGGAGUAUUGGCGUGCGGGGAGGACUGUUUAAACCGGCUGCUGAUGAUUGAGUGCUCCUCACGGUGCCUGAAUGGAGCCUACUGCUCCAACCGACGCUUUCAGAUGAGACAGCAUGCAGACUUCGAGGUCAUCCUGACAGAAGACAAGGGCUGGGGUCUACGAGCAGCCCGAGACUUGGCUCCAAACACCUUUGUCCUGGAAUACUGUGGGGAAGUAUUGGAUCACAAGGAGUUCAAAACACGGGUGAAAGAAUAUGCUCGCAACAAGAACAUCCACUACUACUUCAUGUCGCUGAAGAAUAAUGAGAUCAUUGACGCAACGCUGAAGGGUAAUUGCUCCCGGUUUAUGAACCAUAGCUGCGAGCCCAACUGUGAGACCCAGAAGUGGACUGUCAAUGGUCAGCUUAGAGUCGGGUUCUUCACCUCCAAGGGGGUUCCUGCCGGAAGCGAACUGACGUUUGAUUACCAGUUCCAGAGAUAUGGCAAAGAAGCACAGAAAUGCUUCUGUGGAGCCCCCAGCUGCCGAGGCUUCCUGGGUGGGGAGAACAGAGUCAGUGUUCGGGCAGCUGGAGGGAAGAUGAAGAAAGACCGCAGUCGAAAGAAUGUUCUCACCACGGUUGAUGAGGAACUGGAGGCGCUAUCGGAGAACGGAGAAGGCCUGUAUGAUGAGAAGCAGGUGGUGGCUCUCUGCAGGCUAAUGGUCCGAGUGGAAACCAUGGAGCAAAAGCUCAUCUGCUUCAAGCUCAUACAAGAUACUCAAAAUCCAUCAUGCCUAAAGCAGUUCCUGGACCAUCAUGGAUUGUCUUUGCUGUGGAUCUUCAUGGUGGAGCUUUCCGAAGCUAAAGGCAACAGUGCCAAUAACGUCAAACUGCAGUUAGAGAUUAUGAAGACCUUGGCUGUGCUGCCUAUCCCUACUAAGAACAUGCUGGAGGAGAGCCGAGUCCUCAGCUUCAUCCAGCGAUGGGCUCAGACGAAGACUCUCCCCCACCCUGCUGAGAUGGAUGGCUACUCCAGUGAGAACACCUCCCGCGCUCAAACCCCGCUCAACACUCCUGAUGGGUCCUCCACCAAACAGGGACCAGAGUUGGAUGGGGACGCCUCAAAACCUGCCGUGUACCGCCGCCUUAAAAUAAUCAGUGAAAACAGUCUGGAUAGCGCGCUCUCUGACGCUAGCAAAGCGUCCGACGGGAAGGAAGAAGAGGACGACGACGAGGACGACGACGAGGAAGAAGAUAAAUCCUCAAAUUCGGGACUUCCGGACGGCAAACGGUUGAAGGAGGAGCCUGUCGGCGAAGCUGCCGAUCCAACCAAAGGAACGAUGGAGGAAUCUGUGAAAGAGGAGAGUCCGAUCGACGGGCAGAAAGAGGAGGAGCCAGGGAUGAGUUUACGCAGCCAACAACAACCCCAAGUUGAGGAGGUACAAGAAAAAACUGAGCUGGAUUUGGAGAAGGAGAUUGAGAUUAAAGCGGACACGAGUGAAGGUCAAUCGGGUGAACUUGAGGGACCAAAAGAGCCCAGUGAAGAUCAGGAGUGUGGGGAGGAGCAGACCCCUCAGCCAGUGACAGAAAAGGUCGAACUGGAAGGAGACAAACCUACUGCUGAAGUUCUUGACUCAGAGAAUCAGUCUAUCCAAACAGAUGUUGCUGCUCUUCCCCCUGAAGAACCUUCCGAAAAUAAGGAGCCCCAAGUAGAGACACAAGAAGCCGAGAAACCUCCUCCCUGCAGUGAGGAGCAACCUGGGGAAUCUACCACCGAUGCAGCCCCAUGCUCCGAGACCACCGAGGCCAGUGUGCCCUGCGAGGUCAUUGCGACCGCCGGGGACCCAUCUGUGAUCGGAACUCCUUCGCAGGACGAGGAGGAAGGUGUCUCCGAUGUGGAGAGUGAGAGGAGUCAGGAGCCCCCCCUCAGUGCGCUGGACAUUGGUGGCAUGGCUGCCAGGCUUCUGGACAGCUGGAAGGAUCUGAAGGAGGUGUACCGAAUACCAAAGAAGAGUCAGGUGGAGAAGGAAGCUACUGAUCGCAGCCGAGAUCGAGACGCAGCUUUGACGCCGCGCACGGCUUCUGGUAGCCGAGAACGCGAAAGGGAGCGAGAUAAGGAGAGGGAACGUGACAGAGACCGAGAUUAUGACAGGGAUCGAGACAGGGAUCGAGACAGGGAUCGUGACCGGGAUCGCGACUGGGACAGGGACAGAGACAGAGACAGAGAGCGGGACAGAGAGCGGGAUCGCGAUCGAGACCGCGACAGAGUCUCUGACAAAACGCCACAGCGUAGCGCCGAGAGACGGAGGAGACGCUCGGGUUCGCCGCCCCCGUCCUACGAGAGGAGCAGCCGCCGCACUGAAGAACGGUUUGACACAUCGAACAGCAGCAAGACACGGGGCAAAGAGCGCAACAAACUUUCCACGGAGGAGCGCAGAAAGCUGUUUGAGCAGGAGGUUGCACAGAGGGAAGCCCUGAAACAACAACAGCUUCAGCAGCAGCAGCAAGAGCUGCUGCAGCAGCAGCAACAACUGCAGCAACAACAACAACAACAACAGCAGCUCCAGCUUCAGACGAUGGUUUAUGACCCAGCUCUGGCUUAUGUAUCCAGCGCUGGCUUCAUCACGUACCCCCCUGGGUAUCCCAUCCAGACCUUUGUGGACCCCACCAACCCCAAUGCAGGCAAAGUGCUGCUUCCUACCCCUGCGGUUGAGCCCGCGCUGAGCUACGAAGAGACACCACCUCAGCGUCUCGUCUCCGACCUGCCGCUGUCCUCUCCAUCCUCCACCUCUCAGGCCACCCCCGUCCCCGCUCUCCCUCAGCACAUCGCCACCACCGAGCUCGCCGCCAGCAACCCGCCGCAGUACACCCAGCCAGCCGUAGCAACUCAGGACGCGGGCGUAGCAGUCCUCUCCGCGCCCCCGCAGGUGGCCCCUCAGGUACAGAGCCAGCAGAGCUACACCACCCUCUGGGACCCCGCCACCCAGCAGGCGGUGACUGUGCAGACGCAGCCCGCACAGCAGUACGCCGCGGCGCCGGCACCGCCUCAGGCGCAGACAGCUAUCUAUUACCAGGGUCAGCCCUGCCAAACCAUCUACAGCAUCCCCGCUGCCUACCCACAAGCCAACGCUCCCGUCAUACAGGCGUACACUGAACCCACAGCGAGCUACCUGCACGGCCAGCCCGUGUAUCCUGGCCAUCAGCAGGGCGUGGUGGUGCAGCAGGGAGGCACGGUCACCACCAUCGUCACAUCCCAAACAGUCCAACAGGAAAUGAUUGUACCCAACAAUGUGAUAGACCUGCCUCCCCCCUCCCCUCCCAAACCCAAAACCAUCGUCCUACCUCCCAAUUGGAAAGUGGCCCGUGAUCCUGAGGGCAAGAUCUACUACUACCACAUUGCCACGAGGCAAACGCAGUGGGACCCUCCGACCUGGGACUCCUGCAGUGACAACACUAGCGUGGACCAUGAAUCUGAGAUGGACCUGGGAACCCCCACCUAUGAUGAGAAUCCUUCCAAGUUUUCCACCAAGACGGCUGAAGCCGACACUUCCAGUGAGCUGGCUAAAAAGAGUAAAGAGACAUUUCGCAAAGAGAUGUCCCAGUUCAUAGUGCAAUGUCUAAAUCCUUUUCGGAAACCAGACUGCAAACUUGGACGCAUCAGCAACACGGAAGACUUCAAACACCUGGCGAGGAAGCUAACUCACGGAGUUAUGAACAAGGAGUUGAAAGCAUGCAAUAAUCCAGAGGACCUCGAGUGUAACGAGAACGUGAAGCACAAGACCAAGGAGUACAUCAAGAAGUACAUGCAGCGGUUCGGCACCGUGUACAGGCCCAAGGAGGAUACGGAGGUGUACUAGCCUCAGGAACCCCUGAUGCUACACGCGUCCCACUCGGACACAGGAGAAGCACAGAUUUGCCUUUCCAUUCACUCCUUUUACGUAUAUGUGCUGGCCCCGAACCUGAGCCAUGAAGUAGUUUCUUACGCAUAUUUUUGACUACAAAUUGCACUGCUGCAGGAAGAAGCUCUCCAUGCCGCGCAGAUCACGAAGGAGCCACGUUCUCGACACAGACGGAGACUCGGAGCUCCGGGUGCAGUGAUCUUAUAGGACGACACUGCCGGGUGCUAAGGAGACUAAUGUUUUCACUAACUGUUUGAUUUUAAGCUUCUUCUGUUUGUUUGUUUUGUUUUGUUUUUCAGUUGUGGUUCUUAAAUGUUCCCGAGAUGAUCACCUCAAUUCCACUUUUUAAACUCUUCUAGCCCUGAACGAGUUAUUACUCAAUGGAAUCAGCUUUGGUAUCAUAUUUAUCCGAGUCUCUUUGUUACUCUUCACUGUCACAAAAUGGAUCAAUGACAGAACGGUCCAGUGUUUUUUUGUUUUUUUUCCCCACUCUUCCUUUUUCAUGUGCACGCUUCAACCCCCCGCCCCCGACGACACUGACUCUGAAUCUGGUGCUGCUUUUAACUGGGCUGUGGAGAUCCAAGCUUCCGCUCCUCAAACCCUGCCUUCUUAACCACAAGACUUGGGAGCCUCUGUUGUUUCAUGGAUGCACGACGCCGGCUGAGGUUUGAGUGGUAUCUUCAUGGAAAUCCUGUCAUUCUUCACGUCUUCUGCUUCGUGUAAUAUGUCCACCCUGCGAUGAGCUUUUACUCACAACACACUUAGGGAUCAGCCAAUAACCAGAAGGUUUGCACGGCGAUGAGUACGUCUUUUAUGAAGUAAUGUAUUAUAACGGGUGCAGGGUUUCAAUGCCAUGUUUGAUGUGCUAUUUUUUUUGUCCAGUCCAGCCCAAUCACCAAUGUCAUUUUGGUCUGACCGGUCUCCUCUUCUUCGAAGAGUAUUGCUGAAAAUGAUAGUUCUAGCAUUGCCGUUUUAACAGUUCUAAACAUGUGUUGUGGUUUUUUUUAUCACAGUUAGUCACUUAGGCCGGCCUUGCUCCACGAACUCCCUCAGUUGACUUCCAGGAUUUUUACAGUUUUCAACAUAGAUUCAUGAGCAUCUGUUGUCAGCUUGUUGAAAUGCAUUAAACUAAUUUUCGACAUAUGUAUAUUGCUUUAUAUGUGAAUAUAAUGAAUAAUAGUUUUUGGGGAAUGUUUAAACAACAGACACUUUGUAAGAGGACUAUCAUUUCAUCGAAAGUGUAAAUAUUGUGUAAAAUUUACAAAAGCUGUAUGCUGGGAGUCGAGUCGGGAGCGCAGGCGGCCCACUGGUCCUCAGCAGCUCAGCCCUCCUGAUGCAGUUCCCCCAUCGCGACCCCACCGACCCACAGACCCCUAUUUUAUUUCAGUGGUGGGAAAUGUUUUCAAGUGUUUCCUUUUUUUUUUUUGUUCUAGUUAUUUUUCUAUGUACAAAAUAAGUUUCACCCUACUCGACUGUAAGUAUCGUGUAAGCACAUUGUCAUACCGAGUGUACAAACAUUUUAAAAAGAUAAUAAAACAUUUUGUAAAAUGA